AGCAGAGAUUUUCAGUAUCAGUAGUUAGUGGUGGUCGUAAAAUUCGAAUUCCCCUCCACUUGCUCUCACACCACCACCAUCAAUCAACAGCGCCACCACUUCGCCACCGCAGCAUGCCUUUCUCUCUCAUUUCUCCUCCUUCUCCGCCGCAUUUCUUCUCCCCCGCCGUUUCUUCGAUUCCUCCAAGCAGAUUCUCCAUUCCGAAGAGAUUCCUCCGUACAAUUGCCAAAUCUUCUGAAGACGACGGCGAUAAACCAGCUUUCAAUCCGUUCGGCUUCGUCACCGAUAAUCCGUCGAGCCGCGGCGCCAUUCAGCUCCCGGAAUCCCCCGCCGAGGACGGAAACGUUGGUCAAGUGCUCUACAGAACAGAAGACAAGGGAAAAGAGUAUGGCUCUUACAUUAGAUCUGGAAAGUUCAAAUGGUUUGUGAGAGAAACAGGAUCGCCGGAGAGCCGCCGUGGGACCAUCGUGUUUCUCCACGGAGCUCCGACGCAGUCGUACAGCUAUCGAGUUGUUAUGUCUGAGAUGGCUGGUUAUGGAUUCCACUGCUUUGCGCCUGACUGGAUAGGAUUUGGUUUUAGUGACAAGCCUCAGGCUGGAUAUGGUUUUGACUAUACAGAGAAAGAAUUCCAUGAUGUAUUUGACAAAUUACUGGAUACUCUUGGAAUUACGUCACCGUUUUAUCUAGUGGUUCAGGGAUUUUUGGUGGGGUCGUACGGAUUGACAUGGGCUUUGAAAAAUCAAAGCAGAAUAUCAAAGCUUGCAAUCAUGAACACCCCAUUGACAAUCUCAUCCCCACUUCCUGGACUAUUUCAACAACUAAGGAUUCCAUUUCUUGGUGAGUUCACUUGCCAGAAUGCAGUUAUGGCUGAGCGUUUUAUUGAAGCAGGUAGCGCCUACGUGUUGAAGCUGGAUAAGGCAGAUGUGUAUCGGUUACCGUAUUUGUCCAGCAGCGGACCUGGAUUUGCUCUGCUUGAGGCUACAAAAAAAGCUAAUUUCAAGGAUACGAACAGCCAAGUAUCAGCUGGAUUUGCAGCUGGAAGAUGGGACAAGCCAAUAUUGGUUGCGUGGGGAAUAGCAGACAAAUAUCUUCCUCAAUCAGAGGCAGAAGAAUUUCAGAAAGGGAAUCCUGAUGUAAUAAAGCUUAAGUUGAUUGAAGGUGCAGGCCACAUGCCACAGGAGGACUGGCCGGAGAAAGUUAUCGAGGCAUUGAACGUAUUUUUGCGAUGAACAAAAUGCAUCUCGCGCGCAGACAUCUCAACUGCGGAGGAGCUUAUUAUUUGAAGGUAGAUAAUUGCUUCCAUUACCAAUGUAUAUUUGUUUCAUAUGUUGCAAAGGCAGUGUAUUUUAUUGUGAUAUAGAGACAAAGAAUGUAAGUAAAUAUUGAAAACUUGGUUCUGAAACAAGUUGGCAAGUACAU